AUGUCGAAAUACGUCGAUGCUUCUUCGCAGACAGAGUGGGCGGGAUUGAUGCAGAAGAACAUUGUUCGUCCCGAGGCCCUCUUUGCUCCUGCUCCAAUUCCUGAUACCAGCACACCGCCAGCUGAACCACUAACAAACAAGGAGCAGUGUGUUGCCGACCUGCCGACAAUAUCGCCAGCAGAACAACGAGGGCAGCCACACACGCCACCACAGUCGAACAAUUCGUCACAAGGAGAAGUGCCUGCCAUGUCGACAUCACCGCUACUCGCCAGGCGCCAAAAUCGCCCUGACGACUUUGUGCCUUACCUCAAUCUGCCGGCACCAGAUCUGCCAGCAAUCGCGCCAAGCCCACUCGAUAAUCAGGCACCAAUGUCACCACCACCGUCCGCCCUUCCUUUAUCACCGGUACCUGAGGCCAAUAGGCGAUUUGCUGGGCAUACGCCCUUGUACGCGGGGUCGCCGUUGCAAGAGAUGAGACAGCCACCCGAUGCCGACACGGAGCCACAGAUGGAAACGGAGAGCCAGUCAACGACACCACAGAGAGACGUCGGACUGACCGGACCGCUUAGUCUCGCGGCAAAUCCAGGCGACGGAAGCCAAGAUACUAUCUUACUCAGCGCACUGGAUGAGGAGCUCGAGAGGGUUGCUCGGGAACAAGCGCGGGUCGAUGGCACCGCAGACGUUCACCGACUGCCCAGCCGCCAGGGAUCAGCAGACUCACGUUCCUCGGAUGUUCAGCCUGUCGACGGGGUCAUUCUCAAAAAAACGGUGCCAAUGAAUUUCGGAGCGCCAAUGGGAGAAGUGUAG